GAACUGCUCAGAGCUGGGGGAAGAAACGCAAAGGGAAUCGCAAGAAAUGUUUGGACACUGGAAGUUGCCAGGGAGGGCAACUCGUCCGAAAUGCAGGAUGUGAAAACCUCUGGUGUUGGAUCAGGGAGCAGCAGAGAGAAGUUCCCUGGAGCCGAGCAAUAUGAAAUUGUUUACCCGAACGCAGAAACUGCAUGCGGUGCACAGGAGAGCUGCAGGAACAAGCUCAGAGAGCAAAUAUGAUGACAUAGUGAAGUAUGGGAUCAAAGCCAACGGAGAGGAAGUGGUGCUGCAGCUCCGAAAAAAUCGGGAUCUCCUGGCUGGGGAUUACUCUGAAACUCUUUAUUCCACUGACGGCCAGCAAAUAACGACAACUCCUCGCAUCAAGGAUCACUGUUACUAUGGAGGCCACGUGGAGGGUGAUGCUGAGUCUGUGGCGAGCAUCAGCACCUGCACGGGGCUCAGUGGCUAUUUUGAGACCCGUGGCCAGAAGUUCCUCAUUGAGCCCCUGGGAGCCUCGGACAGGGAUGAACACGUGGUUUAUAAAUACGAGGCCCUGAAACAAGAGCCCAUCAAAACCUGUGGGCUGGUCAACAACUCCUGGGAACAGGACUCCAGUGGCCCCAUCAAUGGCAUCUUCAAGUCCAGCAACAGCCCAGAGAUGAAAGCCUACCUGAAAGCAAGGAAGUACCUGGAGCUCUAUGUUGUUGCGGACAACGCUUUGUACAAGAAAUAUGAUGAAGAUGUUAAAAAUAUAAGACAAAGGAUAUUUGGCAUAGUCAACUACAUCAACACGGUUUAUAAAGCCAUCAACACCCAUGUGGCUCUGGUUGGCCUGGAGGUGUGGACAGAUGGGGACAAGUUUCCCCUGAGCAGGGAUGCAGGCUUCACCCUGGAGGCCUUCUCCAAGUGGCGCCAGUCGGAUCUGCUCAAGAGGAAAAGGAAUGACAACGCUCAGCUCAUCACAGGCCUGGACUUCGAGGGCACCACGAUUGGAUUGGCCUUCAUGAAAUCCAUAUGCAGUGAUUCAUUUUCUGCAGGUAUUAUUCAGGACCACAACAGGAACGAGGUUGCAGUGGCAGCCACGAUGGCCCACGAGAUGGGGCACAACCUGGGCAUGAGCCACGACACCCAGGCCUGCUCGUGCAACGAUGACAUCUGCAUCAUGACCGACACCGUCAGCUCGGUGGUCCCCAAGGAGUUCAGCUCGUGCAGCCUGCAGAGCUUCGAGUCCUUCAUGCUGGCCGACAUGCCCCGCUGCCUGAGCAACAUCCCCGAGCUGGGCAGCAUCGUCGCGCCCGCCUCCUGCGGGAACGGCUUCCUGGAGCGGGGAGAGGAGUGCGACUGCGGCACUCCGGAGGAGUGCACCAACGAGUGCUGUGACCCUGAGACCUGCAAGCUGAGCUCGGGAGCUGCCUGUGCCCACGGGGACUGCUGUGAGAACUGCCAGUUCAAGAAGUCGGGCUCGGUGUGCCGCCCGGGGAAGGACGAGUGUGACCUGGCCGAGAUGUGCACGGGGCGCUCCCCCAGCUGCCCCCAGGAUCGGUUCCGUGUCAACGGGCACCCCUGCAGAUUUGGAGAGGGAUAUUGCUACAUGGGCACCUGUCCCACCCGCGACAGCCAGUGCAAGGAUGCCUUUGGGCCAGAGGCCACAGAGGGCGAAGCCUCCUGCUACAACGUGAACGAGAGGGGGACCUACUUCGGGUACUGCAGGAAGGAGCAGGGCACUUACCUGCCCUGCAAGAGAAAAGACAGAAUGUGUGGGAAGCUCUUCUGCUCCGGAGGCAGGGAGAUGCCUCAGGAUGGGAGCCUGCUGUCCUUCAGGACCUGCAAGGGCAGCUUCCCCAGGAGUGGGGAGGAUGACCCAGGGAUGAUCCUGGAUGGAACCAAGUGUGGGAAUGGGAUGGUGUGCAGCCGUGGGGAGUGUGUCCAGGCUGAGGAGGUCUUCAGAUCCACCAACUGCUCUGCCAAGUGCUCUGGCCAUGCUGUGUGUGACCACGAGCUGCAGUGCCAGUGUGAGGAGGGGUGGGCACCCCCCAACUGUGACAGCUCCUCAGCCCUCACCAGCAUUGCUGUGGCUGCGGGGGUGCUGGCUGUCCUGGCUGUCACUGCAGUUGCAGCCGUGCUGCUCACUCGCUUCCGAGGCUUCCACAAGAGCCACCAGACCAGGAGGGGACCCGGAGCCACCAACCAGGUGUUCGUGGAUCAGGAGCAGAGCUGCAGGGAACAGCCUGUGCUGGUGCCACCUGCCCAGAAGGUAAUUGAUAAGAAAGCUCUUCCCGUGCCUCCACCUCAGGAGAACAAACCCCAGCGUCAGAGUCCUGCCCUGAGGCCCAAGGGUCCCCCACCUCCCGUUCCUGCCCCCAAACCUGGCUCUUCCCACCCCGAGGAGAAGUUUGCUCCAGAGAGAAAAGCUCCUCCUGUGCCCGUUCCCAAAGGCAAACCCCCUCCUCCACCCCAGGCUUUAAAGCCCCCCAUGCAUCCCAGAGUCUGAGGCUUCCCAAGCAGAGCUGGGUGGGCCACCUGAAGUUUCCAGGGACAGUUCAUCCCUCGAUUCCUCCACUUCUGGCAAAGGUAUCCUGGACCAUCUCCCUCUCCUCCUGAAGAACUGACUGAGAGCUGCCUGGGGAGAUUUGGGAUUUCGGGCAGUGAGGAGCCCUGGUGGUGACACGGAGCUGCUGUCCACGGGAAGCGGAGCAGAGUCACCACUUGCACUGAGGUGUAAACUGGGAGUAAGUUACAACAGCUGCUGAACACCUCCAGCUGCAGGGCCAGCACUGUGGGAUGGGGCUGCUCCUCCUCUGCUCCUCUGGGGCCAGAGCUGAGGGCAGCAGGGACAGUGUGGCUGCUGCAGGCUUGGGAAUUGCAAACUUUUGGUUUUUUGCUCCAUUUCUGGAUCUUUUCCAGCCCUCUCUGCCCUCAGCAAUACAAAGAUUUCUCCUUGUGGAGAAAAACAAACCCUUCCUGCCCUGGGGAGAGAAGCUGUGUCCCCAGGGUCCGAGCUGGACAUGGAAUAAGCAAUGAGACACACUGGGAAUGGUUCUGGGAAGAUCCUUUGCACUGGAUUCUCUCCACAGUCCCUAAAUUCCCUGUUGAGGAUGCCAUUCCCUGCAA